UCGCUCACCUGCGCCUGAUCGAUGUAUUCUGCGUUGAUACCCGCCGCUUUUGUCUCUACCGGCGGAGUAUGCACAAGUUGCGCGCAUCUCUCAUCACACCUGUCCCCACAAAGACCAAUCCCAGUAUCUACGCCUUACACCGUGAAGUUCGCGACCUUCGUUGACAACUUCCCCAGCACCACGACGUAUGUCUCACUGCAACCAUAUGCCUUUCAAGACUCGUCUUUGGCCGUUGAGUUUUGCAAGACUCUACCAAGUCCGUCGUCUCUCGUUCUGGACGACAUGCGUAUCAGCUCGCAAAGCAACAUCCAUUUCAUUCUAAACGACGCCGUGUCAGACAUCCUCGCACCCCGCGCUCACCUGGAACUCGACAGCCGCGUAUGAGCCCUAGUUCUCUGCUGUUAUUUGGAGUAUUUGGUUAGGAUGGCAUGUUUGU